GAGGCUGCGUUCGGUUCAUUGAACACUCCUUACCAUAAGCAAUAUCUCAGCUUCGGGUUUAGGUUCGGUAGUAGUCGACUUUUGUGCGGAUAAGAACGCCUCUUCGUUCUUGUUUCUACACGCGCAUGUCUUUCUCCUUUCCUCUGUUUCUACAACUCUCUCUCGCUCUCUCUCUCUCUCUCCUUCGGUUUCUCUCACUAAAACUGGCGAUCGAAGAGAAUCAACAAGCUAGUGUAAGAGAAAUCAUGGGAGCUGAGGAAGAAAACAGCAAGAGUUGGCCUCCAUGGCUUAAACCUCUGCUUCAAGAGAAGUUCUUUGUACAAUGCAAAUUACACGCAUAUUCACACAAGAGUGAGUGUAAUAUGUACUGUUUAGAUUGUACCAAUGGUCCUCUCUGUUCUUUCUGCCUCUCUUUCCACAAGGAUCAUCACGCCAUUCAGAUAAGGAGAUCAUCAUAUCACGAUGUGAUAAGAGUAUCGGAGAUUCAGAAAUUUCUGGACAUAACAGGAGUUCAGACAUAUGUGAUUAACAGUGCUAAGGUUGUCUUCUUGAACGAGAGACCUCAGCCUCGACCAGGCAAAGGUGUUGUCAACACCUGCCAAGUCUGUUACCGCAGCCUCGUCGAUUCCUUCAGAUUCUGCUCUCUUGGUUGCAAGAUCUCUGGAACUUCGAAGAAUUUCGACAAAAAAAGAAAGGAUUGGACAAACAAUCUUUCAGAUUCUGAUGAUUCGUAUAGCAGUACUACCACCAGUAACGGGAGGCUCAAGAAGAACACUGACAUGAUUAAUAACAAUAGUUUCACGCCAUCAACACCGCCUCUAUCGGCCGUAAAUGGCCGAAUUGUAAAACGAAGGAAGGGAAUUCCGCAUCGUGCUCCUUUUGGAGGACUAAUCAUAGAAUACUAAUAAGAUGGUAAUGUAUAGUCUGAAUGCUAAUAACAAUCACCAGUAGUUUGUGGGGUAUGUGCGUGUGUAUAUAUAUACGUAUAGUGGUGUAGAGGAAUGUAUAAAGUAAAGCUUAACAUGAUAGUGUGAAAUAGUAGAUAUGAAAGUGUAAAAAAGUGGGAAAGAUAACAGAAUGAAGCAUGAGUGUUAGGAAAUACAUUCGCCUGUACAUUUUGGGUUGAAAGGGUAAUAUGUAAAUAAUACUGUUUGUGGAUCAAAAUAAUAGUAAUAAAAGUGUUUGUCCAAAAAAAAAAAUAGUAAUAAAAGUAUGUGAUACAAUGCAAAUGUGAAUGAAAUAAAGGCAUUUUUAACA